AUGUUUGACAAAUUGAUAUACUCACAUCUUGCUCAUAAUGAGAAAAGGAGAUUCAAAAUCUCCUCCUCCUGGCUGUCAUUCAACGCUCAAUUGAGUGGAACCCUCAUAGUCUUCGAUUUCUUGCCAUUAAGCCUUCCAUACAAGGUUGCAUAUAGAACUUUGAAUUCUCGUGACAGGGAUUUACUGCCUAAGUUUGAUUUACGCAAAGCCAAUGUCGGAGGCUUAUAUCUCUCUCAGAGGUUAGCAGGCGCCAAGUGUCGUCCCACGGCUGCACCGAGGAACAGUGGUGACCUGAGAGCAGGCCAAGACUCUUUCAUCAGAGAGCAGGAGAAGCUGAGAUUGACGGCGUGGAAAGUCGUUAAAUUCGAAGCGAAGGUUUACCUGGUCUGGCUGCGAGAGCGACUGUGUUCUCGAACACCAUGA